GGCUGACGGGCUCGACUUUCUCAAGAUGUUUAUCAGGAAGGCUGUGUCAUUUUAUGUUAAUUGAUUCUGGUGUCGUAGGUCUAGUGUUCUACCCACAGGUCAGGCUUUCUUCAGGGGUAAAGUCAGCAAGAUCAACAUCAAUGACUUGUUUUUAAGACUGCAUUUGUAAAGGAAGUCAUCUGCCUCCACUGCCUGCACCACCUUGACCAUGGCGGGUGUAGAAGAAGCGAUUGGUCGUCCACCCGACCAGAAGGAGUUCACGGUGGCCACACCACAGGAGUUCGUCAAGAAAUUUGGAGGGAAUAAAGUCAUCACAAGGAUUCUUAUUGCAAACAAUGGUAUUGCUGCAGUCAAAUGUAUGCGCAGUAUUCGCAAAUGGGCAUACGAAGUGUUCAGAAAUGACCGAGCCUUUCAUUUCAUUGGGAUGGUCACUCCUGAAGACUUAAAAGCGGGAGCUGAGUACAUCAAGUUGGCUGACACAACUGUGUGGGUGCCUGGUGGAGCAAACAACAACAACUAUGCCAAUGUGAAACUCAUUUUGGAUAUAGCGCUUCGCUAUGAAGCUGAUGGAGUUUGGGCAGGAUGGGGCCAUGCCUCAGAAUACCCUGAAUUGCCAGCAAAGCUGCACAGACAUGGCAUUGCCUUCAUAGGACCCCCAGAAAAAGCUAUGUGGGCUCUGGGAGACAAAAUUGCAUCAAGCAUUGUUGCCCAGACUGCAGAAAUCCCAACCUUGCCUUGGUCUGGCUCAGGUGUCAAAGCCCAACACAAUGGCUUAGACUCAAAUGCAACUCUGAAGAUCCCACGAGAGCUGUACCAAAAAGGCUGCGUGGAGGAUGCAGAGGAAGCUCUCAAGGCAGCCCAGAAGAUUGGCUUCCCAGUCAUGAUCAAAGCUUCUGAAGGAGGGGGAGGAAAGGGCAUUCGCAAAGCAGAGUCCGAAGACAACUUUCCAGCCUUGUUCAGACAGGUGCAAGCUGAGGUUCCUGGUUCCCCUAUAUUCAUUAUGAAGCUGGCACAGUGUGCUCGCCAUUUGGAAGUACAGAUUAUUGCAGAUGUCUAUGGUCAUGCUAUCUCCCUCUUUGGCCGAGACUGUUCGGUCCAGAGGCGUCACCAGAAGAUUAUUGAGGAAGCGCCUUGUGUCAUUGCUAAUCCUGAUGUGUUUUAUAAGAUGGAGCAGGCUGCUGUAAAACUGGCAAAAUUGGUAGGCUAUGUUAAUGCUGGCACCGUAGAAUACCUGUAUGACAAUGAUGGGAACUUCUACUUCUUGGAACUUAAUCCCAGACUGCAGGUGGAGCACCCAUGCACAGAGAUGAUCACAGAUAUCAACCUUCCAGCUGCUCAGUUACAGAUUGCAAUGGGUAUUCCUUUGCACAGAAUAAGAUGUGUAAGAGCACUCUAUGGAGAGUCUCCAUGGGGAGAUUCAGUCAUAAACUUUGAUGAACCCAAGAGGAAACCUGUACCAAAAGGUCACUGUAUAGCUGCUCGUAUUACAAGUGAAAACCCAGAUGAAGGGUUCAAGCCAAGCUCAGGAACAGUACAGGAACUGAACUUCAGAUCAAGCAAGAAUGUCUGGGGCUACUUCAGUGUUUCAGCAUCAGGUGGUCUCCAUGAGUAUGCUGAUUCACAGUUUGGUCAUUGUUUCUCAUGGGGAGAGAACAGAGAAGCUGCAAGAGAGAAUCUGGUCAUAGCACUGAAGGAACUGUCUAUCCGAGGAGACUUCAGAACAACUGUAGAAUAUCUUGUGACUCUUCUCGAGACAGAUACAUUCCAACAGAACUCCAUUGAUACUGGCUGGCUUGACCACCUGAUUGCUGCCAGAGUACAGGGCAAGAAGCCUGACACCAUGAUGGCAGUGAUGUGUGCUUCUGUGCUUAUUGCAGACAACACUAUCCAGGAUGCCUUUAACCACUUCCAGAAUUCCCUAGAAAAAGGUCAAGUCUUACCCCUGAAGUCCCUGACCAAUGUUGUUGAGGUUGAUUUGAUCUCCGAAGGCAUGAAGUAUCAUGUAAAAGCCACAAAAUCUGGUCCAACACAGUACUUCUUAGUGCUCAAUGGAACCCACAAAGUAGUCGAUUUCUUCCGUAUGAGUGAUGGUGGGCUCCUCUUGUCACUUGAUGGGGUUAGUCAAGUUACUUAUCUCAAGGAUGAAGUGGACAAGUACCGUCUCACCAUUGGACACCAGACAUGUGUUUUUGAUAAGGAAAAUGAUCCAACUGUUUUAAGAACCUCAGCUCCUGGUAAACUUAUAAACUACCUGCAGGAGGAUGGCAGUCAUAUGUUUGUUGGGCAAGCAUAUGCAGAGAUUGAGAGCAUGAAGAUGGUUAUGGCUUUGACAGUAUCUGAGUCAGGGUGUGUGUUCCACCUUAAACGACCUGGAGCAAUUCUCAAUGCAGGCGACACCAUUGCUCGCCUGGAGCUUGAUGAUUCCUCCCGAAUCACCAGGGCCCAGGCCUUCACUGGAGGCUUCCCUCCAAGCAAAACUCCACUGCCAAGAGAAGAUGAAAAAUUGAACCACAUUUAUCACACAUGCAGAACUGUGCUUGAUAAUAUUCUAAGUGGAUUCUGCCUCCCUGAUGAAUUCUUCACAUCAAUGGUGAAAGAAACUGUGCAAAAGCUGAUGUGUGUCUUAAGAGAUCCCAACUUACCCCUCUUGGAGCUGCAGGAGGUCAUUUCAUCAAUUUCUGGGAGAAUACCACAAGCUGUAGAAAAGAAGAUUAGGAAAUACAUGCUGAUUUAUGGUAGCAAUGUCACCUCCAUGUUAGCACAGUUUCCCUCACAGGAGAUUGCCAGUGCAAUUGACAGCCAUGCAGCGUCUCUCCAAAAGAAAGACCGUGAUGUGUUCUUUGUUACAACACAAGGGUUGGUGCAGCUCUGCCAGCGCUACAAGAAGGGUAGUCGUGGCCGCAUGACUCAGGUAGUUCAGGAAAUGCUCAAGACUUAUUUGCAGGUGGAAACUCAGUUCCAGCAUGGUUCAUAUGACAAAUGUGUCCAUGGACUGAGAGACAAGAACAAGGAUGAUAUGGCCAGUGUCCUCUCUACAUUAUUCUCACACUCACAAGUAGCAAAGAAGAAUCAGAUGGUCAUUCUCCUGAUUGAGCAUCUGUGUGGCCAUGAGCCAGGGAUCACAGAUGAUUUGUCAGCCAUUUUGGAGCAGCUGACUAAGCUCAACAGCUCAAAACAUUCUCGUGUUGCACUACGAGCACGUCAAGUGCUGAUAGCAGCCCACCAGCCUGCAUAUGAACUCCGCUACAACCAAAUGGAGUCAAUCUUCCUUCCUGCUAUUGAUAUGUAUGGUCAUUCCUUCCAUCCAGAAAAUCUCCAAAAACUCAUUUUGUCUGAGACUUCAAUAUUUGAUGUCUUGCAUGCUUUCUUCUACCACACAAACACAGCUGUUCGCAUGGCUGGCUUGGAGGUUUAUGUUCGACGUGCGUACAUUAGCUACGAACUGACUUGCCUGCAGCACAAGGAACUUUAUGGUGGAGUAUGUGUAGUGUUCUUCCAGUUCCUUUUGCCAUCUUCCCAUCCAAACAGAAUUCCUCACAAUAAAGUGUGGAGCACCUUGGAGUACACGGACCCACACCACACCCCCAUUGAUCCUCCAACCAAUCUUGAAAACUGCCAGCGCAUGGGCAUCAUGGCAACCUUCACGACCUUUGGGGAGUUUGAGAUCUAUUUCAGUGACCUGAUGGACUUCUUCCAGCCAGCAGAGCAUGGUGUACUGGAGGGAGAAUUAAGUCCCAGGGAUCACCUUAGCAGUUCCAUAAAAUUGGGAUCUUCUUUCAGUGACUUUAUUGGUGAACACAAGGAAGCCAAAGACCCAAUCCACAUCAUGAACAUUGGCAUUCGGAUGGAGGAAGAAAAGGAUGAUUCAGAGCUAAGUGAACAAUUUGCCAUCUUCUGUGCAAGCAAGAAGAAGGAAUUCCAUGAAGCAGGCAUCCGACGAAUUACCUUUGUUAUCUUCUACAAGCAGCAGUUCCCAAGAUAUUUCACCUACAGACCUAGACAUCUGUUGAAACACAUUGCCAAUCCCCUUGACCCAAGGUCGAGAGAUGAAUUCCAAGAAGACCGGAUCUACCGCCACUUGGAGCCUGCUCUGGCCUUCCAGCUGGAAAUCAACCGCCUCCGUACAUACGAUCUGGAAGCCCUUCCUACAUCAAACCGCAAAAUGCAUUUGUAUUUGGCUAAAGCAAAGGUGGCAGAUGGGCAAGAGGUUACUGAUUUCCGCUUCUUCAUCCGCUCAAUCAUCCGCCACUCAGACUUGAUCACUAAGGAGGCAUCCUUUGAAUACUUGGAGAAAGAGGGAGAGAAGCUGCUACUUGAGGCCAUGGAUGAGCUGGAGGUGGCAUUCUCGCACCAACUGGCAAAGAGGACUGACUGCAAUCAUGUGUUCCUCAACUUUGUGCCAACGGUCAUCAUGAACCCUUCAAAGAUUGAAGACUCCAUAAGAUCCAUUGUAAACCGUUAUGGACGUCGCCUGUGGACUCUGCGGGUGCUUCAAGCAGAGAUCAAGAUGACCAUUCGUCAAACACCUCAGAGCAAGACUAUUCCAAUUCGGCUGACUUUGUCCAAUGAGUCUGGCUAUUACCUGGACAUGCACUUAUAUCGAGAAGUUACGGACAAGCUCACUGGUCAGAUCAAGUUUGAGGGCUUUGGGGCUCGGCAGGGACCUCUCCAUGGCCUUCCCAUCUCCACUCCCUACAUGACAAAGGACUAUCUCCAGCUAAAGAGGUUCCAAGCACAAACCAACGGCACAACAUACGUUUACGACUUCCCGGAGAUGUUCCGUCAGGCCCUGGAGAGGGUGUGGGAGGAGUACUUAGCUGAGAGAGGUGGAGGUGAAGUCCCAAAUCAUCUGAUGAGCAUAGUGGAGUUAGUUUUGGAUCAAGAGGAACAGCUGGUAGAGGAGAAGAGAUUGCCAGGAGAGAAUAAUAUUGGCAUGGUUGCCUGGCGCAUGACGCUACACACACCAGAGUAUCCCGAUGGCCGUGAUAUCAUUGUGAUCUGUAACGACAUCACCUACCAAAUAGGAUCCUUUGGCCCACAUGAGGACAUUCUGUUCCUCAAAGCCUCGCAGUUUGCUAGGCACCACAAGAUACCAAGGAUUUACAUUGCUGCAAAUUCUGGUGCUCGUAUUGGACUUGCAGAAGAAAUCAAGCAUCUUUUCAGGGUUGCUUGGGAAGAUCCAUCAGAGCCAGACAAGGGCUUCAAAUAUCUGUAUCUGACUCCUGAAGAUUUUAAAAAGAUAUCAGCUCUAGAUUCCAUCCAUGCAGAACUCAUAGAGGAUAAUGGGGAAGCUCGUUAUAAAGUCAAUCACAUUAUUGGAAAAGAUGAUGGCCUUGGUGUUGAGAAUCUUCGUCACUCAGGAAUGAUAGCUGGCGAGACAUCACAGGCUUACAGGGAAAUCGCAACUUACUCUAUGGUAACUUGUCGUGCCAUCGGCAUUGGUGCCUACUUGGUGCGGCUGGGCCAGAGAGUGGUCCAGGUGGAGUCCUCCCAUAUCAUCCUCACUGGCUUUGGAGCUCUCAACAAGCUGCUAGGUCGUGAAGUGUACAGCAGCAACUCACAAUUAGGUGGUGUUCAGAUCAUGCACAACAAUGGUGUUUCCCAUGAUGUUGCACCAAACGACUUAGAGGGAAUCCAUACUAUGCUGCGCUGGCUGUCAUAUGUUCCAAAGACAAAGGAUUCUCCACUUCCAAUACUGCCUCCUGUGGAUCCAGUGCAGAGAGAGGUGACUUUUGUGCCAACCAGAGCUCCGUAUGACCCUCGGUGGCUGCUUGCAGGACGGCCAUCUCCAGCAAAUCAAGCAGAAUGGGAAUCUGGGUUCUUUGACAAAGAUUCUUUCCAGGAAAUUCUCCAACCGUGGGCACAAACAGUCAUCUGUGGCCGGGCAAGAUUAGGUGGCAUCCCUGUUGGCUGCAUAUGUGUUGAAACAAGAACAGUUGAGCUUAACUUGCUUGCUGACCCGGCCAAUCCUGACUCCGAGGCUAAGACGGUUUCACAAGCUGGACAGGUUUGGUUCCCUGACUCUGCCUACAAGACUUCACAGGCCAUCAAGGAUUUGAAUCGUGAAGGCCUUCCCCUCAUCAUCUUUGCCAAUUGGAGAGGCUUUUCAGGAGGAAUGAAAGACAUGUAUGAGCAGGUAAUCAAAUUUGGUGCCUACAUUGUUGAUGCACUGCGAGAGUACAACCAGCCCAUUUUGGUGUAUGUCCCUCCCUAUGCCGAACUACGAGGUGGUGCCUGGGUAGUGAUUGACCCUACCAUUAAUGAAAGGCACAUGGAAAUGUAUGCUGAUCCACUCUCCAGAGGUGGUGUCCUGGAGCCUGAGGGUACAGUUGAAAUCAAGUUCAAGAGCAAGGACCUGGUGAAAGCAAUGUCACGGUUGGAUGCAACUAUCCACCACUGGAACAGGGCAGUUGCCCAACCUGAGCUCUCACCUGAGGAACAAGCUAGCAUCAGGAAGAAAAUCAAAGAGAGACAGGAACUACUAAUGCCAAUUUAUCACCAAGUGGCUGUAACCUUUGCUGACCUUCAUGACACACCAGUCAGAAUGCAGGAGAAGGGGGUCAUUCAGGGGGUUGUCCCAUGGGUACAAAGUCGUCAGACUCUCUACUGGCGCCUGAGAAGGUUGUUGGCUGAAGAGAGAGUCAAGAAAGAAAUCAGAACUGUCCAGCCUGAGUCUUCAGAUGGUCAGAUUGAUGCCAUGCUUCGACGAUGGUUCUUUGAGGAGAGAGGAUCUGUUGAGAGCUACCUGUGGGACAGCGACAAGGCGGUGGCCGAGUGGGUGGACCGGCAGAUGGAGGGUGCCUCUCCCGCCGGCACCCCCCCCGCCAGCGAGGGUUGCUCCACGUACCUGCUGGAGAAUCUGCAGCUCAUGAAGAGGGAUGCGGCCAUCUCCAGGGUCAAGGACGUCAUGAAGGAGUUCCCUGAAAUAGCCAUGGACACCAUUGUGCACAUCAUCAGACGCAUGUCGCCAGCCCAGCGUGCUGAGACCAUGAAGGCACUGACCAAUAUGGACCUAAUUAGCCAGCAGGCUGAGCCAGUCACCACACCUGACCCUCAAGAGAACUCCAACUGACACUUGUUGUGGCGGUAGUAAUCAUGUACUACUGGCCACAUCCACCCCUGGUCACACCGACUCAGUGUGCAGGCCCUUCCUAGCUGCCAUUACCAGAAUCCACACUAAAAGAAGAGUUAUUAUAGCUGAAGAUCAUAUGAGGUCUUUUGAAUGAUUAAAAAGAUAGAUGAACAUGUAGAUAUUUUUAAUGAGUAUUUACAGAAGAAGGGAAUCAGCCAUAUACUUUUCAAAAUAAGAUGUAUUUUUAGACAAAUUCAUAGGAAGAAACAAGAUUAUCAUAGGGAGACUGUCAAGGGAAAGUAUAUUGUUAUUUGCUAUUGGUAACAUACUGCAGAUCUUUUUUCACUAGUAGAGUUGAUAAAGCUGUAUAAAAAAUAUAUUUGAUAUAAAUAAGAGCUAAUAUGGUUCUAUGUUUGUGAAAUAGAGAAAUUCCCUUUCAAGUAGCAUAAUUAUUAGAUAAUGGUAGACUAACUAUACUUUUCUCUUUGUGAAAGACAUUUACAUCUUGUAUUGUAAAAGAAAUCCCUUUUAAAAUCCCUAUUCUUUCCAAUAAAGAUAAUAAAAAUAUGUAUGGUUGUAAAAGGUACUGUAAUAUUGAAAUCCUUCAGAUUAAUCUUCUCUUUCUAUGCAAGAGAUCCCCAUUAUGUAAUCAGAUAUAAAAUGUAGAUUACCUAAUACUUAUUAACAUAUUUGAACAUGCAUGUAGCCCUCUUCUGUUGAACAGUACUGGCCAGGGGAUGUUGUUCAGUUUUGGCAGUGAUGGAUUUUGUGGACUUGUAGGAGAGAGUGUGUGCAGGAUAUGGUUUGUUGCCUUUUGACUUCUGGCUGAAUGUUUAGCCCAACCCCACCUCCAACCUUAUAAUUUUGGUAGUUUCAUGUUUGGAGUUGGAGGUUCUAUUGAAUACCAGAAGCACGGCCUGAAAUCCGAGGCAAGAGAAAUUGUUGUGUCAGAGUGAUAGCAGUUUACUAAUAUUUGGAUGUCAAGGCCACAGUUGUAAGUUUCAUAGAAUAAUUGGUGCAUAAAAAAAUCACAAAGACAAAGAUGAUAACCUACACAGCAUAUUGUUGUGGUUUGAUUUUUCCAUUCAACUGAAAGAAGAAAAGAAAAUAAUAUCAAAGCCAUUGAUUCUCCCAAAUGAUGAAUAUUGAACAAAGUUAUGAUUUUUACUUUCAUAAAUCUUUUAUUCAGUAUUAAUAUUAAUUUUUUUUUUGUAAUUAUUGAUCAGAUGUUGUUUUACUCUUUUGCUAUGGCUGAAAUUUAUUGCUAUUUUCUAAGAAUUUAAUUUUGUUUUACAGCUGUUUUUGUUAAGUGAUAAAAUUUUGAGAGUUAUAAAAAGAAGUCCAAGGUGAUAAGACUGAAGUUCUGUAGACAGUCAUAGUUAAAGUGUUAAAAGAUAACAGUUGAAUUAUUAUUACAGGAUUAAAAUCAGGAAUUGGUCUCCUGUCCAUUCAUUUAACACAUAUUUUAGAGGUAAUAUUCUUUUUUAUGCUCAUUAGGAAGAAAAUGUUUGUUAUUAUGAUACCCCAUUGUGACUUGACUUUUUACAAAUUGGUAGAGAUAUAAUAUCCCACUAGGCUUUGUGUUUAUGUAUCACUUAAGUUUUUCUAUUUUGACCAGUAACGGAGCACAGUGCUCUUCUGCAUGCAUAAUAGACUAGUUGGGUUCAGUUAAAGGCUGGUUACCACGUUUGCUAUUUGAAUGAAUACAUAGCCAACAUUAUUCAGGGAGUUUAUUUAAAAGAUAGGAAUAUAUUGACUUAAGUGUCUUUUCUUCUAUGGUAGCUACCAAAAAUAAUGUCACAAAGUUCAAGAUAUACUCUUAGAAUUCGUUCUUAUUGUCUUUAUUUUGUUAUUUUUCUAUUAUGUACUUCUUAUAUAACUUGGAUGCAUUAGUACUAGACAAAGUUGUAAAUAUUCUGUGAAGAACAUCAGACAUUAUUUUAUGAAUGAUAUGUAAUUGUGUGACUUUUGUAAAGUAAUUGUUAAAAGAAUAUAUAAAUUAUACACACUGUAAUUUAAUAUAUUGUUUAGUGUAAAUAUAGGAUAAUACAGCUAUUUGAA